AUGGCCACUGCCAUCAACAACCAAGAUGCGAUCGUCCCGGCGGUCGACGAGAAGCCCCAUGUUGACCACAUGGAGCCCUACGAUGCGGAUGGGAAAGAAGUCGACGAUGUGAUCACCAAAUCUCCCUUCGAAGAUCUCCCUUGGAAGAAGACCUGGAGGGUGUUCUGGAAAGCAGCUCUGAUGUGUAUCUUUGCUUCCUUUCCAGCUGCCGCCGAUGGUUUCCAGAUCUCCAUGACAUCGAAUAUCAUCGCCAACCAGGGUUUCAUUGAGACUUAUGGUACGGCUAUCGAUGCUAAGACGGGUGGGCCAAAGCUAGAUGCGGAUAUCCUCGCUGCGUGGGGUGGUAUCCAAUCUGCUUGUCAAGGUUUCGGAAUGUUGACGCAGCAUUUCAUUGCCGAUCGAUUCGGCCGGAAGGUUGCCUUCUACACCCUCUGGGUGUCAUUGGUCAUCGCCGUGGCCCUAGAGAGUUUCGGUAGAGAUUGGAGAUCAUGA